AAACUGAAAGAGAGUGAGUGAGAGAAAGAGAAAGAGAGAGAAAGUGGAGAGAGAGAGAGAGAAACCCAAACAAACCCAAACCCAAAAAAACCAAAACCGAAACAAAGAAAGACACAGUGAGAGAGAGUGUGUGUGUGUGUGUGUGUGUGAACAGUGAGUUAUAGUGAGAGAGAAAAACAAAGAAAGAGAAAAAAAAACCCAGAAAUCCAAACACUGUCUCUUUCUCUCAAUCUCUCUGAUAUCUCCAUUUGAUCGGAGAGCAAAAACCCAGAAGAGCUUAUUGGUUUGUUUGUUUGUACAGACAGAACAUUCUUAAACAAAAUCCUUUACAAUCAGUACCACAUCGGAGACCGUACAAUGGAGCGGUACGGUCGCCACAGUGAUGGCCCACAGCCCGAUCCGUCACCGGAAUGGACCGCUCCGGGAACCGAAACCGGGCUCGAAGAGCCUAUGUGGCAAUUGGGAUUGGGAGGUGGUGGUGGUGGUGGAACCGAAUCGUAUCCGGAGCGACCCGACGAGGCGGAUUGUAUCUACUAUUUGAGAACCGGGUUUUGUGGCUACGGCGCACGGUGUCGUUUCAAUCAUCCCCGUGACCGUGCCGCGGUUAUAGGAGCUGCCAGAGCCGGUGGAGGGGAGUACCCAGAGCGAGCGGGGCAGCCAGUGUGCCAGUAUUAUAUGAGGACGGGGACAUGUAAAUUUGGUGCUUCCUGUAAAUACCACCAUCCUCGGCAGGGAGGAGAAUCUGUCACCCCUGUGUCACUAAAUUAUUUUGGAUAUCCAUUACGUCUGGGUGAAAAAGAGUGUUCCUAUUAUGUAAAAACCGGGCAGUGUAAGUUUGGUGCAACUUGUAAAUUCCAUCAUCCACAACCGGCUGGCUUACAAGCAGUUUCAUCAUUAGCACCCCAGGUUGCAGCUGUGCCUACACCAGUUCAUGCUCCAACAUUGUAUCAAUCUGGUCAGUCUUCAUCGCAACAGUAUGGAGUAGUCCUUGCAAGGCCUCCUCUGCUAUCGGGCUCAUAUGUUCAAAAUCCUUAUCCUCCCAUGAUUGUUUCACCAAGCAUGGUUCCCUUUCCUGGUUGGAGUCAUUAUCCGGCACCCCCCAUGAGUCCAGUACCCUCCCCUAGUACUCAGUCCGCUGUUGGUUCAGGGCAGUUCUAUGGGAUAACACAGCUGUCACCAACAGCAACUGCCUAUACUUAUCUACCUCUACCAUCUUCUGUUGGUCCUUCAAGCGGUAGCCAAAAGGAACACCCAUUUCCAGAAAGACCUGGCCAACAAGAUUGUCCGUAUUACAUGAGAACGGGGGAUUGUAAAUUUGGUUCCUCAUGUAGAUAUCAUCACCCAACAGAAUUUAUUGCACCAAAAACAAAUGUCGCUCUUAGCCCCUUGGGUCUUCCUCUGCGUCCUGGUGCACCACCUUGCACUCAUUAUGCACAACGUGGAGUUUGCAAGUUUGGGGCUGCAUGCAAAUUUGAUCACCCAGUGGGGACAUUAAGCUACAGUCCAUCUGCAUCUUCCCUUACUGAUGUGCCAGUCGCACCUUACCCUGUGGGAUCUUCAAUUGGUACACUUGCCCCAUCCUCUUCAUCUUCAGAGUUGCGGCCAGAACUUAUUUCAGGAUCCAGCAAGGACUCUGUUUCAUCUAGAAUGUCCUCCUCAAUGAGCACAUCGAGUGGAUCAAUUGGUUCAACCUUUUCACAGGGUGGACCUACUCCUCAUUCAACUGUACAACAGUCGGCUCCGGGUUCUGGCCCUUCAUCUGGUAGCAGCAAUGGCAGCACAGAGCCCCGUACUUCAAACUAAGCAGCAUCAAGUCAUUCCUUUUCUUUUCUUUUUUUGUCCCCACUCCUUUUUAUCAAAUUUCAUGAGCCAAAACAUCAAUUUUUUUGGUGGAAGUCCUCAAAAAGAGGUCCAUUUCUCAGUUACCAAUGUUCCACGGUUCAGAUCUAGCACACAGCAGCUUUAAUUCUCUCCAUGUUCAUAUAGUCUUUAUAUGGCCAUUUCCUACAUCUUGAAUAAACCAUGGCCAACCUUCAAAAGUUUAGCAUACCCCAUAUAGCAUUCCACCUUGCUUCCAAAUAACCACGAAAGAAUCCUCAAUUCCAUUAGGCAAAAUAUGUGUCCAUUGCUCCAAUUUUUUUGGAGUUUGUUGUGUUUUAUUUUAUCCAAUCUUUUUCGAAAUGAAAAAGGUGUGUACCACAGUGUGUCCAUGUCUCUCUUUUUUUGUACUUUGAUGUUGGGAACAAGCUUCCAAUUCCAGUUAGAAAGGAAUUUGAAGGUAUUAUUGUUCCCCCACUUUUUGUCUAGGGUUUAUCAUCAAGAGACACCCAAGGAAGCACCAGACUGCUACCUUAUAUGGAAUCAGAUACAAAAUCAUGUUGUGACAUUUAAAAUGCUUGACUUGGUUCUUGAUAAGUUUAUUGUGAAAUACAAAUAUAUGAAGAAAUAUUCUCGAAUGUGUAAUAAUUGUUCCCUCAUAUUCCUCCAUUUAUAAAUGAGAUUAUCCUUA